ACUUACAUAAUGGACAUACAAAACUGGAUCCAUAUUUUCGAGACAAAAAUCAUGGAACUCGAACGAGAGGAUCACUGGACGCUGGAAUAUGAUGACUCUAUUGAACCUGAUUCGGCAAUAAAUGGAUGGAAACCGUACAUAAAGAAUUCAACUGCAAGGUUUGCAUGUUCAAUGUGUUCGAGGACCUGGCCCUCUAACCGGGUGAUGGUGCUUUUUCACAUGCGCCUGAUCGAGGCUGAGGGAACCGUCAAGGUGAGGUGCUUCCGGCAAAACUGCAAACGCUGCACUAAUGCCCCCAUGGUGAAUCCCAGUUUCUCCACUGAGAAUAUCAACAUUUUCCUUGAGAAGCUAAUGGAGAAGAUAAGAAUCAAGUGCUACCAUGAAGACCUUGGACCAGUUAACAGAGAUUUUAUACAUGAGACUGUCAGAAACCCACACGAGCCAAAACAUUGUGAGGCCUGUAUAAAGGGCAUCUGUACAAGGAAUUAGUACAUUUGCCUUUUUCAGAUGCUGAUAUUCAAUAAUACUGCACUGAAGUUAAAACAAAUCUUUAAAAGUCAGACAAGAGGCAUCAGAUAAUGAUAAUACUCUGCUAGUUUUUGCUUAUGCUAUAUUUAUCAUGAGCUCGACAGACCGCCUUUGUCAUUAUUACAGUGACAUAAUGUGGAUGCUACUGUAUAUCUAAUUGUAUGUAUGUAAGCCUUUAUCAUUAAUCAAUGUGGUAACUUAAAUUUGGUGACCUCUUAUGUUGAUACUAGCCCGAUUAAAGCAGGCAAGUUGCCUUAAAAACAUAUAAAUGUCAAAUUUAAAUAAAGUA